GAACUCGAAUGUCUCAUAACUGAUGACGUGGAGCACACAGGCUGUCAAUAACUGCGCCAUUGAAAGGUGAUCGUGAAUUACAAAAAUAGAUUAUCUCAAGAAAUUUGAAGGAAACGUUGAACCUGGAGAAAGAUGAGUGAGACAGAAGUUCUAACCACGCUGAAAAUCCUUAUCAUCGGCGAGAGUGGUGUGGGAAAAUCCAGUUUACUGCUGAGGUUUACAGAUGAUACUUUUGAUCCUGAACAGGCUGCCACAAUAGGGGUGGAUUUCAAAGUGAAAACUUUGCAGGUUGAUGGAAAUAAGGCCAAACUUGCAAUAUGGGACACAGCAGGUCAAGAGAGAUUCCGAACUUUGACACCAAGUUAUUACAGGGGAGCCCAGGGAGCCAUUCUAGUGUAUGACGUAACAAAUCGAGCUUCUUUCCAAAAACUGGACGUUUGGUUAAAUGAACUGGAGACCUUCUCAACUAAACACGACCUGAUUAAGAUGUUAGUGGGCAACAAAAUAGAUCAGGAGAAUCGUGAAGUGAGUAAGGAAGACGGACUGAAAUUUGCCAGAAAACACCACAUGCUAUUUAUAGAAGCCAGUGCUAAAACACGGGAGGGAGUACAGUGUGCAUUUGAGGAACUGGUGGAAAAGAUAAUUCAGACCCCAGGACUGUGGGAGACCAGUAAUCGAGGGAUCGACGUAUCCCAGGGAGGAGGACAGACAGCCUCGGCGUGUCAGGGAUACUGUUCUGUCAUCUGAUUGGCUGUCAGCGGUCACAUGACACACGAGUGGUUGUGUCCAGAUCUUACAAAGUCUUUCACUUUUAUCGUCAGAGCUGAGAAUUAACAAGGGCAGGCGGAAAUUGUUUUUUUUUUUUUUAGCUCUUGUUAAGAUUUAAAGUUUUAUGGUUAAAUCUCUCCCUGUGAUUUAGGAAGACAAUGAAUUUACAGCUCUGUUACUUAUAUAUCCAGUACUGCAUCGCGAUGUAAUGGUGAAUUGUUACUUAUAUAUGCAGUACUGCAUUGUGUGAUGUACUGGUAAAUUGUGUGCAUGAAUUUAGUGAGAACCAGCCAGUAAAUUGAA